CCGACCCGACCCGUUUGCCCAAAUUCUCAUUAUCUCUUUCGCUCCGGCUUAGUUUCGGCUUUCACAGUUCUGCAACUACAUGGCAGCUUCUCUUCUUCUCCCUUCUCACUUCUUCAACACCUACAGGAUAAGCAAACUGUGCUUACAUCACAUGCAGUCAGCAAAUCCACACAAAGGCAUCACUUGCUUAUUCCCUGUUAGACCACUGGCCUCAAGGUCUUUUGCUUCAGUUGGGUCAGUAGAAAGUCAUGUCUCAGCUCCAAACAACACCCACAGGUCUGAAGGUUCUAAAACAUCCAAUGGGACGGAUAAUGAUUUCGAGAGAGAGUUACAGGAGUUGUUUGAUGAAGUGAAAAUGUUGGUUAUGAAUGGGAAUAAAGAUGAUGCAUUAGACCUACUUCGAGCAAAUUAUGAGGCUGUGAAGGAGAGGAUGGAUGUUGGUAUUAGAGGCAUUGAGGAAGCUGCUACGAUUGACAUCAUAGCUCUAGGGUACAUGGCUAUUGGCGACUUUAAGUUUGUCGAGUCAUUACUGGAUAUGUUGAAUGAGAUUGUUGGCAGUCUAAAGGAUGAUGAACCACUGCUGGAUUCAGUUCUGGUGCAUAUGGGAAGCAUGUAUUCAACUUUGGGGAAGUUUGAGAAAUCAAUGCUUGUAUAUAGGAGGGCAAUUGAUAACAUGGAGAACAUGUAUGGGAAAAAUAGUGUUUUUCUUAUCACACCAAUUUUGGGCAUGGCGAAAGUUCUCAGUUCUAUUGGAAGGACUACAAAAGCAGUAGAGUUAUACCAUCGUGCAAUAACUCUUCUCGAAUCUAGCAGAGGUGCUGAAAGUGAGGAUUUGGCCAUACCUUUGUUUGGUCUUGGCAGCCUUUUACUCAAACAAGGGAAACCUAUUGAGGCAGAAACUCCUUUUCUAAGAAUUUUAAAUAUAUACACAAAGUUGUAUGGAGAAGACGACGGAAGAGUUGGAAUGGCUAUGAGUUCCCUGGCCCAUGCCAAGUGUGCAAUGGGAAAGGCAAAUGAAGCAAUUGAUUUAUAUAAAAAGGCUCUUAAAGUCAUCAAGGAUUCCAAUUAUAUGGCUUCAGAUGACAGCAUAGUGGAGAAGAUGCGGAUAGAUUUGGCAGAAUUACUUCAUGCUGUUGGAAGGGGAAAGGAAGGCCGAGAGCUACUGGAGGAAUGCUUGCUGAUCACUGAGAAACACAAAGGCAAAGAGGACCCCAGCUCAGUGACACACCUUAUCAAUCUCGCAACUUCACAUUCGCGAUCAAAGAACUAUGUGGAGGCUGAGCGCUUGCUGAGGACGAGUUUGCAGGUCUUGGCAAAGACAGUGGCGCCCGAUGACCAAUCCAUCUCAUUCCCAAUGUUGCAUCUCGCUGUUACUCUCUACCAAUUAAAACGGGACGAAGAAGCAGAACAACUCGCCCUCCAGGCUUUGCACAUUCGUGAGAAAGCAUUCGGAAAGGACUCCCUUCCCGUUGCGGAGGCUCUCGACUGUCUGGUGUCAAUCCAAACUAGACUGAUGAGGGACGACAAAGCGUUACUAGAUCAGCUGAAGAGGGUUUUGAGCAUCCAAGAGAAAGAUUUCGGCCCCGAGAGCAAGGAGGUUUUGACAACCCUAAAAAAAGUUGUACAUUACUUAGACAAACUAGGCAGGAAAAACGACAAGCUCCUCUUGCAGAAAAGACUCUCCGCCCUUAGAUCAAAAUUCAAGCAACAAAUCCAACAAUAAUAGUAAUCAAACCAUCAUGGUUUAGUCUCACAAUUCUCAGCCUUGCAUUGCUCAUAUAGUCAAAUACAGUAAUGUAUCACCGUGUUUAACUCUGCGUCACGCAACGGAAUGCUGUUACACAACCGUCGUUUUCCUACCAUUUCCGACACGUCGUUUCUUCUUUAAGUGUUGGUUGGGGAGUGAUGUGAGAUAUUUAACGCCAUGAUGUCCGUAUCUCUAUGGUCCUAUUUUCUAACUUGCCCAUUUGCCAUGUUCCAUUUCGUCAUGGGUACAAGAUAGUGAGUUACACCAAUUACGGUUAACUGUGACCACUACGGAUUUUCCCACCAAAAUAGGACAACCGUCUCGAAGCGCAAGGUUUACAAGUACACAAAGCACAGAAGUAGUGUCGUAUAGUUGAGCCUUUUGCCGAAAGCAAAACGGUGAAGUAGGAGCCAAGAAAGGAGGGUCUUCCUCUGUGUCUGUAUCUCUGUCUUUAGAUCUCGGAAAACGUAUGCAAAAUCCAGAAGACAGAACCCAUCUUUUUUGUAAAGAUAGAUAAGGGUAAUGGCAGC